AUGGUUGGUCCAAAUGAUAUUCCUGAGGCUUUGAAAGGUCACAAAUACCCAGCUAAAAGUCACAACAAGAAGGUUAAGGAUAUUCUGUUAAAGACAAGAGAUGACUUGAAAAGUGAUGACGUCGCUGUUUUCAUUGCUGGUGAAGAGGUCGAAGGCUGGAAGUAUUGUGACACUGAUAGAGAUUUCAGACAGAACAGAUACUUCUAUUACUUGACUGGUUGUGAUAUCCCCGGUUCUGCUCUGUUGUACAACUUCAAGAACGAUAAUCUGACAUUGGUCUUGCCAAACAUUGAUUGGGACGAUGUUAUCUGGAGCGGUCUUCCAUUAUCUUUAGAGGAAGCGAAGAAGGAAUAUGACGCUGACGAUGUGGUACACAUGAAAGAUUUAGAGAACGUUUUACAGAAACAACUGAGUGAUGUCAGCAAGUUCAAGAUCUAUACCACGGAUUUGGAUAAUGUUCACAAUGAAACUCUGAAGAAACACCUGAUUCCAAGUGACAAGGACUUCUUCUUUGCAUUAGAUGAAGCUCGUUUAAUUAAGGAUUGGUAUGAGCUGGAAGUUCUAAAGCAUGCUGCCAAAAUCUCCGAUACUUGUCAUUUGGCUGUGAUGUCUGCCUUGCCGAUUGAAUUAAAUGAGGUUCAAAUUGAGGCUGAAUUCUCCUACCAUGCUCUACGUCAAGGUGCCCGCUCUCUUGGUUAUGACCCUAUUUGCUGUUCUGGUCCAGCUUGUGGUACUUUACACUACAUUAAGAAUUCUGAAGAUCUGGAAGGUAAAAGCUCUAUUCUAAUUGAUGCUGGUGCUGAAUGGAGACAGUACACAAGUGAUGUCACUAGAUGCUUCCCAAUCAACGGUAAGUUCACCAAAGAACACAGAGAAAUCUAUGAAACUGUUUUGGAUAUGCAAACCCAGGCAAUGGAAUUGAUCAAGCCAGGUGCUAACUGGGAUGAUCUGCAUAUUUUAACUCACAAAGUUCUUAUCAAGCACUUCUUGGACCUUGGUAUCUUUAAGAAAGACUUUUCAGAAGAAGAAAUUUUCCAGAGAAGAGUCUCCUGCGCAUUCUACCCUCAUGGUUUGGGCCAUUUGAUGGGCCUUGAUGUUCAUGAUUGUGCUGGUAGACCAAAUUAUGAAGAUCCAGACCCAUACUUCAAAUUUUUGAGAUUGCGUCGUACUCUUGAAGCUGGUAUGGUUCUAACAAAUGAACCAGGUUGUUAUUUCAACGAGUUUUUGAUUGAAGAGUUCCUAAAGAAAUUCCCAGAGCGUGUUGAAGUUGUUGACCAAGAGGUUUUGAAGAAGUACAUGUAUAUUGGUGGUGUGCGUAUUGAAGACGAUAUUAUUGUCACUGAGACUGGUCAUGAAAACAUGACUAAGAUCACUUCCGAUCCAGAUGAAAUUGAGAAAAUUGUCUCCAAGGGCCUCGAAAGAAGUCGUUCUGAAUUCCAUGCUCUUGUAUAA